AUGUCAUCCCGAACCUCGAUCACGCUGAAGGAACAGGCUGACACGUACGAUAUGGAGAGUCAGCCUACUGUCUCGAAGGGUCAUGUCGGCAUUACCCAGUUGCUGACCGUCCAAGAUGGCGAUCAAGACCGGGAGGAAACGAGAAGAAAUCCGAAAUGGUAUCAGCGGCUGCUAGAUGCUGGCGUGGAGGAAAACGGGAUCCAACCAGUGCCUCUCGGUGAGCGGACCAAUACCAACUACAGCAACCUCUUCACCGUGUUCUUCACAACUCAGCUCGGAUUGAGUCUGAGGGAUGCCUCACUGGUCAUCAUCUUCUUCGCCUUGUUGACCUGUGUGCCUCCGGCAUUCAUGGGCAUCGCUGGCUCCCAUACCGGACUCAGGCAGCUUGUCCAAGCCAGGUAUUCGUUUGGAUACUAUCUUGUGGGCAUCCCUCUUCUUCUCAACGCCGCGACUGUGACCGGAUUCUCUCUCUCGUCUUCAAUCGUUGGCGGCCAAACUCUCGCGGCUGUGAACCCGGGACACAUUGAUGUGAAAAUCGGCAUUGUCAUCGCGUGCCUUGCCGAGACGUCCCCUCCUACAGCAGCUCAGAUACUCAACUAUGGAGGUCUGAUGGCCGGUUACUUCAUAACCUUUGGCGGUACUGCGUCGGACUUCACUGCCUAUCACAACCCCAACAAGACAACCAAGUUCAGGAUCUUUUCCUACAUAUACCUCGGGAUCUUAACACCCUCGAUCCCGCUGCUUAUCUUGGGAGCGGCGAUUGGAGGUGCCCUCAACAAUGUUCCUGAAUGGAAGUCGGGAUGGGACACAUAUGGCAUUGGCGGCGUCAUGGCAGCUAUGUUGGCUCCUGCUGGCGGCUUUGGUAAAUUCGUACUGGUUAUCCUCGCACUGAGUGUUAUCGGCAACAUCGCGACGUCCAUGUACUCCGUUGCUCUCUGUAUGCAGCAGAUGCUCCCGGUUUUCGCAAAGGUCCCUCGCAUUGUCUUUGUCGUCGUUGCGCUUGGAAUCAUGAUUCCCAUGGCAAUUCGCGCUGCUGAGUCUUGGGCCGAUUCUCUCGAGAACUUCUUGGGGUUGAUCGGUUACUGGGCCGGCUGCUUCGACGCAGUCAUUAUUGAGGAACUGGUGUUGUUCCGUCGAAUGGACUACAGCUCGUACGAACCUGCAGCGUGGAACGUUGCCCGACUAUUGCCUUCCGGACUCGCUGCCCUUGGAGCGAGCCUGCUGAGCUUCGGGCUCAUCAUCCCAGGGAUGGACCAAGCCUGGUACACUGGUCCGAUUGCGAGAGUGACUGGAGAUAUUGGCUUCGAGUGUGCGUUUGUCCUGACGGCAAUUUUCUAUGCGCCCUUGAGACGGCUGGAAAUCAGGAAGCGAGGACACGUCUAG